GGCGGGGCGGCCCGCGGUACUUCCUGGUCCCCCCGCCCGGGCCGAGGGCAGCGCGCAGCCGAGUCGGCCGUGCCCGGGAGCCGCAUCCUCAGCCAGGCGGGCGCCACGGCAAGGGUUCUGCUACCUUCAUGGAAGGGAGAGGACCCUACCGGAUCUACGACCCAGGGGGCAGCGUGCCUCCAGGAGAGGCUUCCGCAGCCUUUGAGCGUCUAGUGGAGGAGAAUACCCGGCUGAAGGAAAAAAUGCAAGGAAUAAGGAUGUUAGGGGAGCUCCUGGAGGAGUCUCAGAUGGAGGCAUCAAGGCUCCGGCAGAAGGCGGAGGAUCUGGUCAAGGACAGUGAGCAGCCUCCGCCACCACCAGCUCCCUCCUUGGGCUCCUUCGACCCUUUGGCUGAGCUCACAGGAAAAGAUACACACCUCCUGAUACCUCCUGUCGCCGCCACCACCACCACCACCGAAUGCUCCAUUGAGAAGACAGCACCAACCCCCAAGCCUCCAUCCAAUGGCAGCUCCUCUGACUUUGAAGUGGUCCCCACUGAGGAGCGGACUUCUCCACCAGAGACUGGCAGCCACCCUAGGAAUAGGAUGGAGCUUGGACCCCCACCCCCGGAGGACAGCAACCUGAUGCUCCACCUGCAGCGCCUGGAGACCACCCUGAGCGUGUGUGCCGAGGAGCCCGACCACAGCCAGCUCUUCACCCACCUGGGCCGCAUGGCCCUGGAGUUCAACCGACUGGCCUCCAAGGUGCACAAGAACGAGCAACGCACUUCCAUCCUGCAGACCCUGUGUGAACAACUACGCCAGGAGAACGAGACUCUGAAGGCCAAACUGGACAAGGGCCUGGAACAGCGGGAUCAGGCUGCUGAGAGGCUGAGGGAGGAAAACAUGGAGCUCAAGAGGUUGUUAAUGAGCAGCAGCAGCAAAGAGGGUGCUUGUGGGCAGCCCAGCUCCCCGAAGACAGAAGGCCCUGGCAAGAAGGUGGUGGCCGGACAGCAGCAGGUCAGUGUGAUGGCGGGUAAAGUCCCCGAGGUGGGGGGCUUAGGUGUGGCUGAGAAGAAGGUGAAGAUGCUGGAGCAGCAACGCAUGGAACUGCUGGAGGUGAACAAGCAGUGGGACCAGCACUUCCGGUCCAUGAAGCAGCAGUAUGAGCAGAAGAUCACCGAGCUGCGCCAGAAGCUGGCGGAUCUGCAGAAGCAGCUGACUGAACUGGAGGCAGAGCGGGAACAGAAGCAGCGGGACUUUGACCGCAAGCUCCUCCUGGCCAAGUCCAAGAUUGAGAUGGAGGAGACCGACAAGGAACAGCUGACAGCAGAGGCCAAGGAGCUGCGCCAGAAGGUCAAGUACCUACAGGAUCAGCUGAGCCCACUCACCCGGCAACGAGACUACCAGGAGAAAGAGAUCCAGCGGCUCAACAAGGCCCUAGAGGAGGCCCUGAGCAUCCAGGCCUCCCCAUCAUCUACACCUGCAACCUUUGGGAGCCCUGAAGGGACUGGUAGCUACCUGAGGAAGCAGGAGCUGGUGACACAGAACGAACUUCUGAAACAGCAGGUGAAGAUCUUUGAGGAGGACUUCCAGAGGGAACGGAGCGACCGUGAACGCAUGAAUGAGGAGAAGGAAGAGCUGAAGCGGCAGGUGGAGAAGCUGCAGGCCCAGGUCACCCAGUCGAAUGCCCAGCUCAAAGCACUCAAAGAUGAGGAGAAAGCCAGAGAAGCCCUCAAACAGCAGAAGAGGAAAGCGAAGACCUCAGGAGAGCGCUACCACAUGGAGCCCCACCCUGAGCACCUCUGCGGGGCCUACCCCUACGCCUAUCCACCCAUGCCAGCCAUGGUGCCACACCAUGCCUUCGAGGACUGGUCCCAGAUCCGCUACCCUCCUCCCCCCAUGGCCAUGGAGCACCCGCCCCCACUCCCCAACUCGCGCCUCUUUCAUCUGCCGGACUACACCUGGCGCCCACCCUGUGCAGGGAUGCGGAAUCAGACCUCCCAAGCGAUGGACCCACCCCCAGCCAGGCCUGCAGACCCAGAGUCUGCAAAAAAUGACCAUGAGGGGCCUCAGUGAGAGCGCAGUGGUCAUUUGGCUCCACCUUCAUCUUGCAGAGCCAGCUGGCCUCAGAUUGCCAAGAAACUAGAGGCCAUGUGUGUUCUGUAUGGCCAGAGCCUCAGCUGGACCGGAGGCUGGGAUGGGAAGACAGUUCACAUCCCCAGCCCCACCCUGAACUGUUUACAAGACUGGGUAGAAUCCACCCACGAGGCCUCUGUGAGCUUCUGGAUAUGUUGAGAGAAACUCACCACCCCAUCUCUUGCCAACACAAAGGCCUGCACCUGGCUUUGACCUGCCGUCCUUUGCCGAGGCCACCAGAUGUCCGUCUUAAGAAUGGGGUGCAGCCAAGACCCCUUCCUCUCAGAACCUCAAAGAAAUGGUUCCAGGCCCUCUGGGGACCACACCCAGUUUAUCACCUGUGAUUUUUGCUUCAGGUUCAGUAGGGGGGGCUCCCCCUUGCCCCUGUGAGGAAUUGUGGGUAGAUGGUUUGUCCCUGGAGCAGAAGAGGAUGAUGGGGUGUUCUGAUGCUGGGAAACUCUCCACUGCGCCCUCACAAGAGCCAUCAUGGUCUGGGAUGAAAGCUACACCCGCCACAUCUGCUGAGGGGCCCCAGCCUGAGCUACUGGACCCUGAAGUUCAGUCCCUUGGCCCCAAGAGGCUCAUGGUGCCAGAGGCCUCUGUGGAGGUGGCUGUCUGUUGCUAGGCAGCUGUUUUGCACGAAUCUUGGACAUAAAUCCAACUUGAAGAUC